AUGGCUAGCCGAAAGCCAAGUGCAUCAAUCCUAGUGCCUCGCGAUCAUCCAGAAAUCGAAAUCGAAGAGGAAGAAUUCCCGCCCGACGACGCUCGAGCCAUGAGUCCCCGUCGCAAUUCUGCUGAUCUGGAGCGCUUGGGCAAGGAGGCAAGACAAACCUUGCAGGAGCAAGCAAAGGCUCUUCAGUCCUCUCUCCAAGCUCUUGCAGAACGUAUUGAGGCGGUCAAGUCCGAUCAUGACAAACUCGAAAGCGAGAAUAAAUUUUUGCAAGACUAUAUCGGCGGACUUACGCGCAACAUGACCAAGGCCGAAUUGACGAGAUCGAGUACCAAAGUCAAGAGAUCGCAUAAAUAA